CGCCGCACUUUUUUUCAAAUUAGUGGAUCCCAGAAAUCAUUGCGCGCAUUUGUAACGAAUUUCCGUUCGAGUUUGUAUUUUAGGCGCCAUUUUCGAGUGAAGGACCCGGAGCCGAAACACCGGUAGGAGCGGGGAGGGGGAGAUUAUACAACCGUUUCCAGCUUUGAUCUGAGUGGACUGUCCCGCAGCGACCAUGCCCCGUCGGGGCACCCAGUCCUCCACCGCCCAGCGCAAAGAGGAAGGACCGCAGUCGUCCCCGGACCGCGCCUGCAGCGACGCGGAGCCCGACCCGCAGUCCGGCGGCGCCAAGAGCCCAGCGGCCGCAGCAGAGACUCCAAGUGAGGAGCUUGAUAAUAGAAGUUUAGAAGAGAUUUUGAAAAGCAUUCCUCCUCCCCCGCCUCCAGCAAUGACCAAUGAAGCUGGAGCUCCUCGGCUUAUGAUAACUCAUAUUGUAAACCAGAACUUCAAAUCCUAUGCUGGGGAAAAAAUCCUGGGACCUUUCCAUAAGCGCUUUUCCUGUAUUAUUGGGCCAAAUGGCAGUGGCAAAUCCAAUGUUAUUGAUUCUAUGCUUUUUGUGUUUGGCUAUCGAGCACAAAAAAUAAGAUCUAAAAAAAUCUCUGUAUUAAUACAUAAUUCUGAUGAACAUAAGGAUGUGCAGAGUUGUACUGUAGAAGUUCAUUUUCAAAAGAUAAUUGAUAAGGAAGGAGAUGAUUAUGAAGUCAUUCCUAACAGUAACUUCUAUGUAUCCAGAACAGCUUACAGAGAUAAUACUUCCGUCUAUCACAUAAGUGGGAAGAAAACGACAUUUAAGGAUGUUGGAAAUCUUCUUAGAAGCCAUGGAAUUGACUUGGACCAUAAUAGAUUUUUAAUUUUACAGGGUGAAGUUGAACAAAUUGCUAUGAUGAAACCAAAAGGCCAGACUGAACACGACGAGGGUAUGCUUGAAUAUUUAGAAGAUAUAAUUGGUUGUGGACGGCUAAAUGAACCUAUUAAAGUCUUAUGCCGGAAAGUUGAAAUAUUAAAUGAACACAGAGGAGAGAAGUUAAACAGAGUUAAGAUGGUAGAAAAGGAAAAGGACGGCUUAGAAGGAGAGAAAAACAUAGCCAUUGAAUUUCUUACCUUGGAAAAUGAAAUAUUUAGAAAAAAGAAUCACGUUUGUCAGUAUUAUAUUUAUGAUCUACAGAAACGAAUUGCUGAAAUGGAAACUCAAAAGGGAAAAAUACAUGAAGAUACCAAAGAAAUUACUGAGAAAAGCAAUAGACUGUCAAAUGAAAUGAAAGCUAAAAAUAAAGAUGUAAAAGAUACAGAGAAGAAACUGAAUAAAGUUACAAAAUUUAUUGAGGAGAAUAAAGAAAAAUACAUAGAACUAGAGUUGGAAGAUGUUCAAGUUGGGGAGAAAUUACAAGGUGCUACAAUUAAAGCCAAAGAUCUGAAGAAACAACUUGAAAAAGAUAAAGAAAAGGUUGAAGAAUUUAAAAGUAUACCUGCCAAGAGUAAGAAUAUCAUAACUGAGACCACAACUAGAAACAAUGCCCUUGAGAAGGAAAAAGAGAAAGAAGAAAAAAAAUUAAAAGAAGUUAUGGAUAGCCUUAAACAGGAAACACAAGAUCUUCAGAAAGAAAAAGAAAGUCGAGAGAAGGAACUUAUGGGUUUCAGCAAAUCAGUAAAUGAAGCACGUUCAAAGAUGGAGGUAGCCCAAUCAGAACUUGAUAUCUAUCUCAGUCGUCAUAAUACUGCAGUGUCUCAAUUAAAUAAGGCCAAGGAAGCUUUAAUUGCAGCUUCUGAGACUCUCAAAGAAAGGAAAACUGCAAUCAGAGAUAUGGAGGCAAAACUCCCUGAAAUUGAACAAGAAUUAAAGAAGAAAGAAAAAGAACUUCAGAAACUUACACAAGAAGAACUAAACUUCAAAAGUCUGGUUCAUGAUCUUUUCCAAAAACUUGAAGAGGCAAAGAGUUCCUUAGCCAUGAAUCGAAGUAGAGGGAAAGUCCUUGAUGCAAUAAUUCAAGAAAAAAAAUCUGGCAGGAUUCCAGGAAUAUUUGGAAGAUUGGGAGACUUAGGAGCCAUUGAUGAAAAAUAUGACAUUGCUAUUUCAUCCUGUUGUCAUGCAUUAGACUACAUUGUUGUUGAUUCUAUUGAUACAGCCCAAGAAUGUGUAAAUUUCCUUAAAAGACAAAAUAUUGGAGUUGCAACUUUUAUAGGUCUAGAUAAGAUGGCUGUAUGGGCAAAAAAAAUGACCAAAAUUCAAACCCCUGAAAAUGCUCCUCGGUUAUUUGAUUUAGUAAAAGUAAAAGAUGAGCAAAUUCGCCAAGCUUUUUACUUUGCUUUACGGGAUACCUUGGUAGCUGACAAUUUGGAUCAAGCCACAAGAGUAGCAUAUCAAAAAGAUAGAAGAUGGAGAGUGGUCACUUUACAGGGACAGAUCAUAGAACAGUCAGGUACAAUGACUGGUGGAGGAAGCAAAGUAAUGAAAGGGAGAAUGGGUUCAUCAGUUAUCGCUGAAGUCUCUGAAGAGGAGGUAAAUAAAAUGGGGUUACAGUUUGAAAAAGAUUCUAAAAAAUCACUGCAAAUUGAAGAACAAAAAGUACAUCUUGAAGAAGCAGUAGUUAAGUUACGGCACAGUGAACGAGAAAUGAGGAAUACACUAGAAAAGUUUACUGCAAGCAUUCAGCGUUUAACAGAGCAAGAAGAAUAUUUGAAUGUCCAAGUUAAGGAACUUGAAGCUAAUGUACUUGCUACAGCUCCUGACAAAAAAAAACAGAAGUUGCUGGAAGAAAAUGUUAGCGCUUUCAAAACAGAAUAUGAUGAUGUGGCUGAGAAAGCUGGUAAAGUAGAAGCCGAGGUUAAACGCUUACAUAACAUCAUUAUAGAAAUCAAUAACCAUAAACUCAAGGCUCAACAAGACAAACUUGAUAAAAUAAAUAAACAAUUAGAUGAAUGUGCUUCCUCUAUCACUAAAGCUCAAGUAGCAAUCAAGACUGCUGACAGAAAUCUUAAAAAGGCACAAGACUCUGUCUCUCGAACAGAGAAAGAAAUAAGAGAUACUGAAAAAGAAAUAGAUGACUUAAGGGCAAAACUAAAAAGUAUUGAGGAUAAAGCAGCAGAAGUUAUAGAGAUUACAGAGGCUGCAGAGAAAUCCUUACCAGAGAUCCAGAAAAAACAUCGUGAUCUACUUCAAGAACUAAAAGUUAUUCAAGAAAAUGAACAUGCUCUUCAAAAAGAUGCACUUAGUAUUAAGUUAAAACUUGAACAAAUUGAUAGCCACAUUGCUGAACAUAAUUCUAAAAUAAAAUAUUGGCAAAAAGAGAUUUCCAAAAUAUCCUUGCAUCCAAUAGGAGAUAAUCCUGUUGAAGAUGUUUCAGUUCUAAGCCCAGAGGAUCUUGAAGCAAUCAAGAAUCCAGAUUCUAUAAUCAAUCAAAUUGCACUUUUGGAAGCCCAGUGUCAUGAAAUGAAACCAAAUCUUGGUGCCAUUGCAGAGUAUAAAAAGAAGGAAGAAUUGUAUUUGCAACGAGUAGCAGAAUUGGACAAAAUUACUAAUCAGAGAGAUAAUUUUAGACAGGCAUAUGAAGAUCUUCGGAAACAAAGGCUUAAUGAAUUUAUGGCAGGUUUUUAUGUAAUAACAAAUAAAUUAAAGGAAAAUUACCAAAUGCUUACCUUGGGUGGAGAUGCUGAACUGGAGCUGGUAGACAGUUUGGACCCUUUCUCUGAAGGAAUCAUGUUCAGUGUUCGACCACCAAAGAAAAGUUGGAAGAAGAUCUUUAACCUUUCGGGAGGAGAGAAAACACUUAGUUCACUGGCUUUAGUAUUUGCUCUUCAUCACUACAAACCCACUCCUCUUUACUUCAUGGAUGAGAUUGAUGCUGCCCUUGAUUUUAAAAAUGUAUCCAUUGUUGCAUUUUAUAUAUAUGAACAAACAAAAAAUGCCCAGUUCAUAAUAAUUUCUCUUCGAAAUAAUAUGUUUGAAAUUUCGGAUAGACUUAUUGGAAUUUACAAGACAUACAAUAUAACAAAAAGUGUUGCAGUAAACCCAAAAGAAAUUGCAUCUAAAGGACUUUGUUAAGCUUGUUUAUACAGAAGACUCUUUAAAAAAUUGAAUUGGUGUAGAUGCUGCUUAUUGUAUUACCAAUUUCUCUAUUUGUAAGCAAUGGACUUGUAUAAAAUACAUGUUCUUAAACUGGAUCACAAAA